AUGAAAGCUUCGAUUGGGAGGUUAAGGAGAUUUGCAUCGCAUAAAGUCGAUGCGAAGGAAAAAGGAGAGCUCGUGGCUACGGCCGAAAUCGACGAACUCGCUCGAGCCGGAAAGGAUAUGCAAGACAUGAGAGACUGCUACGAUAGACUACUUGCUGCAGCUGCUGCCACGGCAAAUAGUGCUUAUGAGUUCUCUGAAUCAUUGGGAGAGAUGGGCUCUUGUUUGGAGCAAAUCGCGCCUCAUAACGAUGAAGAAAGCAGUAGAAUCUUGUUUAUGUUGGGUAAUGUUCAGCUUGAGCUCCAAAAACUUCUUGACCAAUAUCGUAGUCAUAUAUUCAAAACUAUUACAGCUCCAUCAGAAUCACUCCUCCAGGACCUCAGAGAUGUUGAGGAUAUGAAGCAACAAUGCGACGAGAAGAGAAAUGUGUUUGAGAUGGCGCUUGUGAAAGAUAAAGGAAGGCCUAAAAGCAGUAAAGGAGAAAGGCAUAUUCCUCCUGAGUCUCGACCUGCUUACAAUGAGUUUCAUGACGAGGCAACAAUGUGCAUUUUUCGAUUGAAAUCUCUUAAAGAAGGUCAAGCUCGUAGUCUUCUCACACAAGCAGUCCGUCACCACACCGCUCAGAUGCGUCUAUUUAACACUGGAAUGAAAUCGCUCGAGGCAGUAGAGCGUCAAGUAAGAGUUUCAGCAGAGAAACAACACAUUGACUGUGAUCUCUCUGUUCAUGAGAACGAAGUGGAAGCUAGUGAGGAUGAUGAUGGCCAAUACGUUAACAGAGAAGGAGCAAAUGAGCAGAGGGUAGAAGCUGCUUCUCUCUCUACACCUCGUGGCUCAAUGAAGAUGGACGAUUCAGACCUCUCGUUUCCUCGUCCUUCUACAACAAGAGCAGCAGCGGUAAAUGCUGAUCAUAAAGAAGAAUAUCCAAUUUCAACCCGGGAUCACAGAAUGACCAGCCAUUCAGCUCCGUUGUUCCCGGAGAAGAAACCUGAUUUGCUGAGACAGACGAAUCCAUCUUCAAACGCUUACGUAUUACCAACACCAAACGAUUCAAAGUACUCAAAACCAGCUUUGAACCCGAGGCCAGCAGCAAACAUAUGGCAUUCAUCACCGUUAGAACCAAUAAAAAGCGGGAAAGACGCAGAGAACAACAGCCUCUACGUCCGUCUCCCUCGACCUUCCACAACAGACGCUCAUAAUCAGCAAACAGCAGCAAGACAUGCAUUUUCAGGACCUCUCAAACCGUCCUCAACAAAACCCGUCACCACCAGCGACAUUUCCUCAGGCGCGUUUCGUCCUCUGCCAACUCCUCCUACACCCCAACCUCAACCUCAUCCUCAUCCAUCAUCGUCUCCAAAAGUGUCCCCUACAGCUUCACCUCCUCCUGGUCUUUCUUCUUCCCCGAGGCUCAACGAGCUUCACGAGCUUCCAAGACCACCAGGCCACUUUCCACCGCCGCCAAGACGAGCCAAAUCCCCUGGUCUGGUUGGUCACUCGGCGCCUCUAACCGGAUGGAAUCAAGAAAGAAACUCUGCUACGGUUGCUCCUCCGUCCAGCUCCAACAUUGUGGCCUCUCCGCUUCCGGUUCCUCCCCUUGUUGUCCCUAGAAGCUUCUCUAUACCUUCAAGUCACCAGAGAGCCUUUUCUUCUCAACGGCCUGUUGAGAGGAACGAUGAUACCGUAGCCGCGUCCCCACCGCUAACACCGAUGAGCUUGUCUCGGCCACUUCCUCAAGCCGCGGGAGUUGCUCAGACCAGUCAAAUUAGAGACAUACGUGGCGGAUAUCGAGGAAGUAGGGAGGAGAGAAGGAUUUCGUCGUCGUCGUCAAUGGAUAUCUCUGCGUCUGCUUCUCUAACUUCCUCUGGAUUCGUUCCUCGUCUUCUUCCCUUGUUCAAUCCUCUAACUCGAACUAUCUCCUGCUCAGCGUUGCUCUCUUCUUCUUCCUCCUCUGUUAGACUCAUUUCUUCUCACAGACGUAUAGCUCCGUCUCUGUGUGUCUCCGAUCAAUCUGCCUCUACCGGGAUCAAUGUUGUUGAUUCGGAUCCCGUUGAUACUGUUAAGAGGAAAGCUAUGGACAUUGCCCCUCAGCUCAAAGGAGCUUCAAUAUUUCUGGUUGGGAUUAAUAACCCUGUAAAAACAAACUUGGGGAAGCUUUUGGCAGAUUCAUUACGAUAUUACUACUUUGAUAGUGAUAAUUUGAUCGCAGAGGCAGCUGGUGGAAAUGUAUCCGCUCAAGCUUUAAAGGAAGCUGAUGAGAAGGCUUUUCAGGAAUCAGAGACGGAAGUGCUGAGGCAGCUAACAUCUAUGGGUCGGCUUGUAGUUUGCGCUGGAGAUGGUGCGGUACAGGGCUUGAAAAAUCUUGCACUUUUAAGACACGGGAUCUCCAUAUGGAUUGAUGUUCCUCUGGAUAUCGCGGCUAAAGGGAAUGAUUCAUUCAACUCAGAACCUAUCCCUGAGUUGUUUGAGUCGCUAAAAGCGAGUUACGAAAAAUCAAGAAAUGGCUACGAUACAGCAGAUGCAUCCAUUUCCCUUGAAAGAGUAGCUACAAAGCUGGGAUGUGAUGACUUGGAAACGGUAACUUCUGAAGACAUUGCUUUGGAGGUCCUGAAAGAAAUAGAGAAGUUGACCAGAGUGAAGAAAAUGAUGGAAGAAGCCUCUCGACCUUUCUAG